AUGCACAAACCUAGAUGCUUCCUCUCCAGGGUGGGUUUCUUCUCCAAAUCAGGACUGCUCUAUUGGUGUCCCGGGAAACCUCCGUAUUGGUCACAGCUUUUAUGGGGCUCAGCAUGCAAGGGAACCUUCACCAAGAGUUGUCAAAGGGGACAGAAAAGUCAGAAGAAACCAAGCCAUAUUGGGACAAUAGAUAGUUCCUGGGAAGAAAGGCUGGCUGAUGUUGUGACACCACUCUGGAGGCUGAGCUAUGAAGAACAGCUCAAGGUGAAAUUUGAAGCUCAGAAGAAAAUUUUACGAAGACUAGAGUCUUACCUCCAAAAGUUCAACGGAGUCAAAGUGACAACAGCUGCACCCAAAUCAGAGGGACUCUGUUUUCUUCUCCACCCUAUUAUACCCUCUCCUGUCAUCGAUGGCUACCGAAAUAAGUCCACUUUUUCUGUGAACCGAGGCCCAGAUGGAAAUCCGAAGACCGUGGGGUACUACCUUGGAACUUGGAGAGACAGAAACAUCGUCUGUGUGCGGUCUAACCAUCUGAAAAACAUCCCUGAGAAACACAGUCAAGUGGCCCAGUACUACGAAGUAUUCCUUCGACAGUCCCCAUUGGAACCCUGCCUUCAGUUUCAUGAAGGUGGACACUGGCGUGAGCUCAUAGUCCGCACCAAUAGCCAAGGGCACACAAUGGCCAUCGUUACUUUCCAUCCCCAGGAAUUAAGUCAGGAGGAGCUCUGUGUUCAGAAGGAAACUGUAAAGGAGUUUUUCAUCAGAGGUCCAGGAGCAGGCUGUAACUUGACAUCACUGUACUUCCAGGAAAGCACCAGGACCCGCUGCAGCCAUCAGCAGUCCCCCUUCCAGCUCCUUUUUGGGGAACCCCACAUCUUUGAAGAGCUCUUGGGCUUGAAGGUCCGCAUCUCUCCAGAUGCCUUUUUCCAAAUUAACACUGCUGGUGCAGAGAUGCUCUAUCGGACCAUAGGAAAGCUGAGUGGAGUGAAUUCUAACACCAUCCUCCUUGAUAUCUGCUGUGGAACUGGUGUGAUUGGUCUCUCUCUGGCUAAAAAUACCUCCCAGGUCCUUGGGAUUGAGUUGGUGGAGCAGGCGGUAGAGGACGCCAGGUGGACUGCAGCCUUCAAUGGCAUCACCAACUGUGAAUUCUAUGCUGGUCAAGCAGAGAAGAUUUUGCCACAGCUGCUAAAGUCAAAGGAAAAUGGGCAGUUAAUUGUUGCUGUGGUAAACCCAGCCCGGGCAGGACUGCAUUACCAGGUGGUUCAAGCCAUUCGAAACUGCAGGGCCAUCCGCACACUAGUUUUUAUUUCCUGCAAGCCCUAUGGUGAAACCACUAGGAACAUCAUUGAGCUGUGUUGUCCCCCAAACUCUGAUAAGAAGCUUCUUGGCAAGCCUUUUGUCCUGAGACAAGCUGUGCCUGUGGAUCUGUUCCCCCACACCCUACACUGUGAGCUGGUGUUCCUCUUUACUCGAUAA